AUGGCAAAGGCAAGGGAGGAGAAACAGAUGCGGAAAGUAGUUGAAAAGAACCUCAACAAAAAGAAAGACCACACUGUAGAACAUGAGGGGAGAAAACGCAUGCUGCCAGAAGACGUACAGGCGCGGAUGCUCGCGGAUGCGGAGGCUCUGGAGCAGCGGCACCGGCAGCGGGUGAAGGAUUUGAAACGACAAAAGUUCAUAAAGGCCAAGAAGACUCUCUAUUCUAAGCUCAAGUUUUAUGAGUUGAAAAAGGUGCAACGCCGAUUGCAGCAAACGCGGAAGGAGCUACUCGAGUUGAUGUCACAACAACAGGAAAACAUGGAUUCUGCUUCUGCCGCUGCUGGCAAUGGCUCGGUGUCAUCUGCUGCAGCAGGAAAUGGGGAGGCUCUAGGGGAGCGCAUAGCGGAGGCUCAACGAAAGUUGCGGCUUCACUUGGACGACUUAAACUAUAUACGCUCUGUCUUGGUUAUGUUGCUGCAGCACAAGACACAGAAGAAAGCCAGAAAAAGCGGCAGGCUAUGCGCCUUCGCAUUCUCCAGCUGCUUUGCCCAAAUCCCUUGCCGGGCGAUGUGUGCGAUGUAA